GUGUUGGGGGAAGAGAGAGAAAACUCUCCCCAGAUGGAGCGAAUUCACCUCCUGGUGGUGGGGGUCUGUCUGCUGAGCUGCUGCAGGGCGGAAGAAGGGCUGAACUUCCCCACGUACGAUGGGAAAGACCGUGUGCUGAGCCUCUCAGAGAAGAACUUCAAGCAGAUGUUGAAGAAAUACGAUGUGCUCUGCCUCUAUUACCACGAGCCCGUGUCUUCAGAUAAGGUGGCACAGAAACAGUUCCAGAUGAAGGAGAUUGUCCUGGAGCUCGUGGCCCAGAUCCUGGAACAUAAAGACAUCGGCUUCAUGACGAUUGAUGCCAAAAAGGAAGCCAAGCUUGCCAAGAAAUUGGGCUUUGAUGAAGAAGGGAGCUUGUACAUUCUUAAGGGCGAUCACACAAUUGAGUUCGAUGGUGAGUUCGCCGCAGACGUGUUAGUGGAGUUUCUCUUGGAUCUCAUUGAAGACCCGGUGGAAGUCAUCAACAACAAACUGGAAGUCCAGGCCUUUGAACGCGUGGAGGACCAGAUCAAACUCCUGGGCUUCUUCAAGAGCGAGGACUCCGAGUAUUACAAGGCGUUCCAGGAGGCAGCUGAACACUUCCAGCCUUACAUCAAGUUUUUUGCCACUUUUGACAAAGGGGUGGCGAAGAAGUUGUCCCUGAAGAUGAACCAAGUGGACUUCUAUGAGCCGUUCAUGGAGGAGCCCCUGCCCAUCCCCGACAAGCCCCACACAGAGCGCGAGCUCGUGGAGUUUGUGAAGGAGCACCAAAGACCCACUCUUCGUCGCCUGCGCCCAGAAGACAUGUUUGAAACAUGGGUAAGGACGUGGCUGGGUGAAGACAACUUGAAUGGGAUCCACAUCGUGGCCUUUGCGGAGAAGAGCGACCCCGAUGGGUACGAGUUCCUGGAGAUCCUCAAACAGGUGGCCCGGGACAACACGGACAACCCCGCCCUGAGCGUCCUCUGGAUUGACCCGGACGACUUCCCACUGCUCACUGCGUAUUGGGAGAAGACCUUCAAGAUCGACCUGUCCAAGCCGCAGAUUGGCGUGGUGAACGUGACGGACGCCGACAGCGUGUGGAUGGAGAUUCCGGACGACGAUGACCUACCCACCGCCGAGGAGCUAGAAGACUGGAUCGAGGAUGUGCUUUCUGGAAAGAUCAACACCGAGGAUGAUGAUGAUGACGAGGACGAUGAAGAUGAUGACAACGAUGAUGAUGAUGAUGAUAAUGAUGAUAACGAUGAUUCUGAUGAUGAGGGUAACAGUGACAGCGAUGAGGAUGACGAUGAUGAGUAGCUCAGAGCCAAAGGACCUGAUCAGAACACAACCACAGCCCCCGCCCCGCCCAGCAGUUCCUCUCCUUUUCUGCACCCUUCCUGUUCCCUUCCCAUCAGGAGAACUCCUUUCUAAAUGCAGGAACCCAGGCUGCUUGUCCCCACCGACCUGCGGCUGUUCCUGCUCUGUGAAGCUGGGUGGAGCCAGAUCGGCUCUCCUCACGAUCACCUGUUGUCUCUCCCCAGCACGUGACUCAGGAGCAUGGAGUGACUUUGUAAGAAGAGCUGGGACAGGAGGCUCAGUCCCAAGCCUUUGCAUGGCUGUGGAGAGGUCUGGGCGCAGCAGGACGGGGAUGGGAGGUUGGUCUGCUGGCUGACAAGUCUCCUAGCUGGCUGACAAAAGUCUCCUUGCUGGCUGACAAGUCUCCUUGCUGGCUGACAAGUCUCUUGUGUCCCCACCCUGAUGGCGGGCCCCUAGGGACUCAGCUGACCUCCAAAGAGCCAUUCUCCAUGGCUACUUGUGAGCUGUCCCGUUUCGGGCUAAAGGUUGCUUUACCCUGGGUCAGCUAGCUCUCAUUUAGCAAGGCCCACAGCAUCCAGAGCCGGCUGGGGCUCUGUUCCCAACCAGGUGCUGAGACGCUGAGGAACUCCCCAAGUGCCUUCUGCUGCCUAAUAGCUUCUGUGUUAAGUAUCA